GCAGCAGCAGCAACAACAGCAGCAGCAGCAGCAACAGCAGCAGCAGCGGCGGCGACGGCCGAGCGGCCGGGUUACCCGGCAGCGACCUCAGGCCCUUUCCCUUCCCCACCCGACCCCGGCACCCCGCUCCGCCCCGCUCUGGGCCUCUCGUUUGAGUUCCCCGCCGGCGAGCGGGCGCCACCGGCCCGAGCGUCCAUCCACGCGCCAGUCUCUCGGCGAGGCAGGCCGUGCCGGGGAGCGCAGCCCCGGCGGAGAGCGGCCCGGGGCGGAACGGGGGGCCUGCCCCCGGGCGGUGGUGCGGGAUGCCGCCGCCGCCGCCGGGCUGCGUUGGCUCUCGGCGAGCGGCGCGCGUGUCGGGUGGGUGUCCGGCCGCGGGCCUCGCCCCCCAGACUCCUCGCCAGCGUUAGCCGGGCCGCACGGCGCCCCGAGGGGGCCGGGCUGUGCGCGGGCUGUGGCCCUUCUCCGCGCCGCGAGCCGCCGCCCCUCCGCCCGCCCCGAGGCGCCCCGCAGGCACCAUGCAGGCGCAGCAGCUGCCCUACGAGUUUUUCAGCGAAGAGAACGCGCCCAAGUGGCGGGGGCUGCUGGUGCCUGCGCUGAAAAAGGUUCAGGGGCAAGUUCACCCUACUCUAGAGUCUAAUGAUGAUGCUCUUCAGUAUGUUGAAGAAUUAAUUUUGCAGUUACUAAAUAUGCUCUGCCAAGCUCAGCCCCGGAGUGCUUCAGAUGUGGAGGAACGAGUUCAAAAAAGUUUCCCUCAUCCAAUUGAUAAGUGGGCAAUAGCUGAUGCCCAGUCAGCUAUUGAAAAGAGGAAGAGAAGAAACCCUUUAUCCCUGCCAGCAGAAAGAAUUCAUCACUUAUUAAGGGAGGUCCUGGGUUACAAAAUUGACCACCAGGUUUCUGUUUACAUAGUAGCAGUAUUAGAAUACAUUUCUGCAGAUAUUUUAAAGCUGGUGGGGAAUUAUGUAAGAAAUAUACGGCAUUAUGAAAUUACAAAACAAGACAUUAAAGUGGCAAUGUGUGCUGAUAAGGUAUUGAUGGAUAUGUUUCAUCAAGAUGUAGAAGAUAUAAAUAUCUUAUCUUUAACUGAUGAAGAGCCUUCCACCUCAGGAGAACAGACUUAUUAUGAUUUGGUAAAAGCAUUCAUGGCAGAAAUUCGACAAUAUAUAAGAGAAUUGAAUCUAAUUAUAAAAGUUUUUCGAGAACCCUUUGUCUCUAAUUCCAAAUUGUUUUCAUCUUAUGAUGUAGAAAACAUAUUUAGUCGUAUAGUAGAUAUACAUGAACUCAGUGUAAAGUUACUGGGCCAUAUAGAAGAUACUGUAGAAAUGACAGAUGAAGGCAGUCCCCACCCAUUAGUAGGAAGCUGUUUUGAAGACUUAGCAGAAGAACUGGCAUUUGACCCAUAUGAAUCAUAUGCUCGGGAUAUUUUACGGCCUGGAUUCCAUGACCGUUUUCUUAGUCAGCUAUCAAAGCCUGGGGCAGCACUUUAUUUGCAGUCCAUAGGCGAAGGCUUCAAAGAAGCCGUGCAGUAUGUCCUGCCGCGGCUGCUGCUCGCGCCUGUGUACCACUGUCUGCAUUACUUCGAACUCCUGAAGCAGUUAGAAGAGAAAAGUGAGGAUCAAGAAGACAAGGAGUGUAUGAAGCAAGCAAUAACAGCCCUGCUCAAUGUCCAAAGUGGCAUGGAAAAAAUUUGCUCCAAAAGUCUUGCAAAACGAAGACUGAGUGAGUCUGCGUGUCGGUUCUACAGCCAGCAAAUGAAGGGGAAACAACUUGCCAUCAAGAAGAUGACGGAGAUCCAGAAGAAUAUUGACGGCUGGGAGGGGAGGGACAUCGGGCAGUGCUGCAAUGAGUUCAUAAUGGAGGGGACUCUUACACGUGUAGGGGCCAAGCACGACAGGCACAUAUUUCUCUUUGAUGGCUUAAUGAUUUGCUGUAAAUCAAAUCAUGGGCAGCCAAGACUUCCUGGUGCUAGCAAUGCAGAAUAUCGACUUAAAGAAAAGUUUUUUAUGAGAAAGGUACAAAUUAACGAUAAAGAUGACACCAGUGAAUACAAGCAUGCUUUUGAAAUAAUUCUGAAAGAUGGGAAUAGUGUGAUAUUUUCUGCCAAGUCAGCUGAAGAGAAGAACAACUGGAUGGCAGCACUAAUAUCCUUGCAGUACCGUAGCACCCUGGAGAGGAUGCUUGAUGUGACAAUGCUUCAGGAAGAGAAGGAGGAGCAGAUGAGGCUGCCUGGCGCAGAUGUGUACAGGUUUGCAGAGCCCGACUCAGAGGAGAAUAUUCUAUUCGAAGAGAAUGUGCAGCCCAAGGCUGGGAUCCCCAUUAUCAAAGCAGGGACCGUGGUUAAGCUGAUUGAGAGGCUCACAUACCAUAUGUAUGCAGAUCCAAAUUUUGUUCGAACAUUCCUUACAACAUACAGAUCCUUUUGCAAACCUCAAGAACUACUGAAUCUUCUAAUAGAAAGAUUUGAAAUUCCAGAGCCUGAGCCAACAGAAGCUGACCGCAUAGCUAUAGAGAACGGAGAUCAGCCCCUGAGUGCAGAGCUGAAACGGUUUAGAAAGGAGUAUAUUCAGCCUGUACAGCUGAGGGUAUUAAACGUGUGUCGGCACUGGGUGGAACACCAUUUUUAUGACUUUGAAAGAGAUGCAGACCUUUUACAGAGAAUGGAGGAAUUUAUUGGAACAGUAAGAGGUAAAGCAAUGAAAAAAUGGGUCGAAUCCAUCACUAAGAUAAUCCAAAGGAAAAAAAUUGCGAGAGACAAUGGCCCAGGUCAUAAUAUUACAUUUCAGAGCCCACCGCCCACAGUUGAGUGGCACAUAAGCAGACCUGGGCACAUAGAGACUUUUGACUUGCUCACCUUACACCCAAUAGAAAUUGCUCGACAACUCACUUUACUUGAAUCAGAUCUAUACCGAGCUGUGCAGCCAUCAGAAUUAGUUGGAAGUGUGUGGACAAAAGAAGAUAAAGAAAUUAAUUCUCCCAACCUUCUGAAAAUGAUUCGGCACACCACUAACCUCACUCUGUGGUUCGAGAAAUGUAUUGUAGAAACAGAAAACUUAGAAGAAAGAGUAGCUGUGGUGAGUCGAAUAAUUGAGAUUCUACAAGUCUUUCAAGAGCUGAACAACUUCAAUGGUGUUCUUGAAGUGGUCAGUGCUAUGAACUCAUCACCUGUUUACAGACUGGACCACACAUUUGAGCAAAUACCAAGUAGACAAAAGAAAAUUUUAGAAGAAGCUCAUGAGUUGAGUGAAGAUCACUAUAAGAAAUAUUUGGCAAAACUCAGGUCUAUUAAUCCACCAUGUGUGCCUUUCUUUGGAAUUUAUCUCACAAAUAUCUUAAAAACAGAAGAAGGCAACCCUGAGGUCCUAAGAAGACACGGAAAAGAGCUCAUCAACUUCAGCAAGCGGAGGAGAGUGGCUGAGAUAACGGGAGAGAUCCAGCAGUACCAAAAUCAGCCUUACUGCUUACGGGUGGAGUCAGACAUCAAGAGGUUCUUUGAAAACUUGAAUCCAAUGGGAAAUACAAUGGAGAAAGAAUUUACAGACUAUCUAUUCAACAAAUCCCUGGAAAUAGAACCACGGAACCCUAAGCCUCUUCCAAGAUUUCCAAAAAAAUACAGCUAUCCCCUAAAAUCUCCUGGUGUUCGUCCAUCAAAUCCAAGACCAGGAACCAUGAGACAUCCCACACCUCUGCAGCAGGAGCCAAGAAAAAUUAGCUACAGUAGAAUCCCUGAAAGUGAAACAGAAAGUACAGCAUCUGCACCAAAUUCUCCAAGAACACCACUGACGCCUCCUCCUGCAUCUGGCACUUCUAGUAACACAGAUGUUUGCAGUGUGUUCGAUUCUGACCAUUCAGCAAGCCCUUUUCACUCAAGAUCUGCUUCAGUUUCAUCUAUAAGUUUAUCCAAGGGUACUGAUGAAGUACCUGUUCCCCCUCCUGUUCCCCCUCGAAGACGGCCAGAGUCUGCCCCAGCGGAAUCCUCCCCAUCCAAGAUUAUGUCUAAGCACUUGGACAGCCCCCCAGCUAUUCCUCCUAGGCAACCCACAUCAAAAGCCUAUUCACCGCGAUAUUCAAUAUCAGAUCGGACCUCUAUAUCAGAUCCUCCUGAGAGCCCUCCCUUGUUACCACCACGGGAACCUGUGAGGACACCUGAUGUUUUCUCAAGCUCGCCAUUACAUCUCCAACCUCCCCCUUUGGGCAAAAAGAGUGAUCAUGGCAAUGCCUUCUUCCCAAACAGCCCCUCCCCUUUUACCCCACCACCUCCUCAGACCCCUUCUCCUCAUGGCACAAGAAGGCAUCUGCCAUCACCACCACUGACACAGGAAGUGGACCUUCAUUCCAUUGCUGGGCCUCCUGUUCCUCCACGACAAAGCACUUCUCAACUUAUUCCCAAACUCCCUCCAAAAACUUACAAAAGGGAGCACACACACCCAUCCAUGCAUAGAGAUGGACCACCACUGCUGGAGAAUGCCCAUUCUUCCUGAGUUCCUCUCAGCUGGGAUACACACAGUUUCCUAGCCCCCAAUCCAUUGCUGGCAACGGAUGCACUGAACAUGCCAGCACUGAGAAGUUGAAGUGAGAACUCCAAACACUAACGACUCUACUUCAAGAUGUAGUGUAAGACAAUUUUAACCUGCAUGGAAUUAUGAAAUAAGAUGGUAUUCCAGCUUAGAAUGUGGAGACUGAUCUAGAAGAACUGGAUAACUGAUUGCACCCAGAGAUCACGUGAAGGGACUUUUCUAGCCAAUAGGCAGACAUCCUCAUAUUGUGAAGUGAUCUUUAUCGUUAAAGGGAUGGAAAACAGUCUAAUGUCCAACAAGCCCAUAUGUUGACAGUUUUUGUAAUUCAAAAUAUUAUGCACUUUUAAAAAAUCUUAAACAGGGAUCUUCUCCCCUUCCUUUGUUUUCCUUUGCUUUACUCUUCUACUUUAGAAUAUUUUCGUAAAAAUUAUUCAGAGGACUGUGAGAAAAGGCUGUGGUACCUGACCUUGUUGAAACCAAGGCCCAGCACUGUACUACAGUCCUGUUUACAGAUUAUAACAGUGAAUUGAAUGGGUACCGAGGCUUCACCAAAGAGGUACUUUUUGUUAUUGUUAUUGUUUUAAGAAUAAUUAUGCCAAUUUUAAGAACAUUCCCUACCUACCCCCACUCACAAACAAAAUGUGGUGGUGUUGCCUUUAAACAAAAAAUGUCAAUGUCAUUAACAUGAUGGAAGAACAUUUUAAAAUGUAACUGUCAAGUAUACUCUUUUCACUUAGGAGACUGUUAAUCUAUGCUAGACUGUCCUCCCCCAGCCCUUUGUCUCACAGACGUUUACUGGUAAUGUAUGUCCUGGCUCGUGGCCGUCCCUCCACCAUACACAGAAACGCAGGCACCCAAUGUGAACAAGAGCACUCUCUGGGCCUCCCUGACACUGUUCAUGUUUUACUAAUAGUUGAGUAGUUAGCAUACCUAGAAUUACCUUGCAUUGCCUAAAUCAUGUGUAUAUAGUAAAUGUUAUAUAAUAUACCUUACAGGUCUGUUUUUAUUUAAUUGAAUAAAGAUAAACUACUUUGUUUGGCUGGCAUAUAUUAAAUUAUUAUAUGGAGAAAAUGGUUGAUUCUUAUUUCUUUGGGUUGGAAAACGUACAAACACUAAGCAUAAAAGCACAUGAGGUGGAACCUGGGUGUCUAGUUCUUGCAGAAUAAUCUCAAGUUGGAGUCUGGCGUGAAGGGAAAUACUGGCUUAAAAUGGGAUAGGCAUCUUUUGUUUUGUUUUUUGGGUCUUUUUUUUUUUUUUUGGUUUUUUUGUUUUGUUUUGUUUUUUUGAGACAGGGUUUCUCUGUAUAGACCUGGCUGUUCUGGAACUCACUCUGUAGACCAGGCUGGCCUCGAACUCAGAAAUCUACCUGCCUCUGCCUCCCAAGUGCUGGGAUUAAAGGCGUGCGCCACCACCGCCUGGUGGGAUAGGCAUCUUUUAAGCAGAACCUUGCAGCUUCUUAAAAUUUCUUGAGCAACCAUACAUAUUUGUGAAGAUUUAUUUUGAACAUUCUACUUUGCUUAAGAUCUUCAGUUCCUUCAGAGUUUCUCCUUAGAGUAUCUACCUGCAUCCUUAAUACAUGAUGAUUCAUGAAGCCUUGUACUGCUCUUCUGAGUCUGAAAAAUACUGUGACUAAAAUGCAUGCAACUUGAAGAGAAAACAUUUUCUUAUUCUCCACAAUGUCUGUGAACUGUGUAUUCCAUUCUUGGCAGUUGUCAGUGUGUGCAUGUGUCCUCAGUAAUGAAGCAGCAUUUCAGUAAUUCUGUUAAUCUGUGCUGCUUCAUAGUGGCAACUUAGUAUUUAUUAGUGCAUUAAAUGUACAUCUUGGUGGUGCAAUGUAUAGUCUUCUCAGAUCAGAAGAACAUGAAUUGUAUCAUCAUGAGGGAGUCUAUCUAGUUUGUUAGAGUUAAUUCAUUUUCACUCAGCUAUGGUAGCCAUUUUUCGAUUUGUAAAAGGUCUCCUUUCUUAAGAGUCCUCAAAAGUUAAUUUCAAAUUCCUUCUUGGAUGCAAAGUGUCCAUUAGGCCAUUCAUUGAACAAAAAUAGUUAAGCAUACUUACUAAUGCUGCUCUGUGUGACUGUAAUGCAUGUCCCCAAAUCUCCUAUGAUUUUUUAGAUCAGCCUAACUGUCCGGAGAAGUUCCCAUGGCUUAUUGAUCACUGAUCAUCCUGUCCUUACUUCAAAUGAGAAUCUAAGAAAAGCAACAUUAGAAACCCAUUCAGUAUCUCUCUCUCUGGCAAGUGCUGCCUUCCAACAAGGUGAUGGCCCCUUUCAGUCUGCCUGAGCCAACAAGGAGCUCAGAUCUGGAGUUAACUGUAUUUCUCCCCAAGGGCAUUCUCUAUCCCACUGUUCUAGGACACCACUUCACCAUACAGCCAUUUUAUAUGCAUCAUGGAUAGAAGAUAUUUUUAUUCUCCAAUAUGGCAUUUUGGCAAAAAUAUUUUCUGCAGCAGUAACUGAUUUUAAAAAUUGUAAUUGGAUGCUCUGAGAAGGUGAGAAAACUGUAUUCUUGUGUGAACCAUUAUCUGGCUGGCAGAUUUAUUCUUAGUCAUAACUAAAAUGUACUAAUUCAGGGGUAAAAAGCAGAACACAAAUGCACCAUUAAGAACUGCAUCUGAAUUCGAGAUUACAAGGCAGCCAGUGCAGCAAAUCUUGCUUAACUACGUUCCCAAAUAUGGGACAUUUCCCCCAGAAAUCAAAGUGCCAGCAAAUGUUUCCUUAUCCUUAGCUCUCAAAGGGGGCUCCUCAAUAGAAAUGCUUUGUUCACAGCUAAGCACUUUGGAAAACAGGGACAGGAAAGUAUGUUUUUCUUAGUUUAUUAAGACAAGAUAUUUAUUCUUUUACUCCUUCAAAUGUGUUUAAAGACUACAAAUGACAAAUAUUGAAAGUCUGCCUAAUUGAAAUCUUUUUGCUUAAAUAAAGGCUGUUGGGUAUCAAAUUGUGAUUUUAGUAAGUUACUAUUCUCCAACUCAAUGUUUUAAUGGAUCUGAGUGAGGCAAGAGAAUACCAAAUAAACACAAUCAGCAGAACAGUCUACUAAGUACUGUUUAAGUUGAAGGCCAUGCUACAAUUCCGAAUUCUUCCUUAAUGCAAACCCCAAGUGGUAUUUAUCAGAAUGAUCUUUUAAUUAAGUUUGCUCAUGUUAUUUCAUUAUCUUAAUGGCUUAAGUUAGAGAUAUUUAGUUGUUCUGGAAAAUAAAUGGGGAUGUUGUCCCAGUUAGAGAACAUACAGAAGAAAGCCUUUCCUACCCUUUUCCUAUUCAAAACCAAGGCAACCAUUCAUUCCUGCUUUUCUGCUGCUGGAUGGGUUUGCAUGCUCAGUUGUCUGCCUGUUGUACUGGUGCAGGUUCUGUGUAGCCCAUGUUAAUCUUUACCAGUAAAUGCACAUCACAAGGUUACUUUCAGUUUGGCUGAAAGAGAAUUGUGCAGUAAAAUUAGAAGGAAAGCAAUGACUUUAUUCAAUCAGUUUUUUUUUUUCAUUUGAAAUACUACUAACUUUUAAGAUAAUUUCAUGGUCCCUUAUACAUAAGCCAAUGAAAUAUUCUGAGUUCUGUUAAGAAAAUAAAGCAUGAACUCUACAUGAUAAAUCUAAACUACAAAAACACUGGUAAGUUCUUUUAUAAGUUUCAUGCCUUAUUUCCAUUUUUGACACCAUAAAGUGCAUUUUCUGUCAACUGUGAGCAAAUUUCCCUUUGCCUUUAAUAAACAUAGUGCAUUAAGUAGCCAGUUGCUGAAAAAUUACAAAGCAAGUUAGCUAAAGGUGGGUCACACUGGACUACAUUCAAAGAACCAAGAUCUAUAAAAGAUGCAAGUUGUACGUGGUGUGGCUUAGCAUGCACCUGUGCAGAUGCAUGCCACUUCAGUAGCUGCCAAAUGUGCCUUUAAUUAAAAACAUCUCUAAUUUUUUUUUCUUCAAAUCAAGUCAGCAUUUGGGGACACGAUUAGGGCAGGGGACUUGGGGGCACAAAUAUCUGGUGAAACCACCAGAGAAUUUGUCAACGUGACAUGUAUAAUUUUAGUUGAGAUGUGUCUGUGUAUAUAUGUGUAUUUGCCUUUGUUUAGAAGCACGGUUACUUGCUGAAAUGAUUGUUAAAAAAUGCUCUGUCAGUCUUAUUUGAUGUAAGAGCAAAGUGUGGUGUACACAUCUAAUGAUGGCCUUUGUACCUAACCAUGUUUGUAGGUGAUCUUUGUAUUCUGUGUGCAGCAAUAUUCAGUUUGCGUUAAAGUGGAAAAAUGGCUGUUAUUUUUCUGGCAUUACUAAGAUAAAUUGAAAAAUAAUAAAGAAAAAUACCUUA